AUGGAACUGGCCAAACCUGCAUUAGACGUGGGUCUCUACACCAAUGAAAUAGAUGCUAUGUUGGCGUUCUGGCAGGAACAAGUCCACGUCCCCUACAGUGAAUUGUUGAAAGUAGGCGGUGGGUUACACCAACAUCGUCAUGCCAUCGGCGACAGCGUCCUGAAGAUUAAUAACAGGCGCGAACCCGUGUCGCAGGACAAUCCCACUGGUUUAAGCACCCUGGAAAUCUACAGUGACGCCGUGGACAGUUGCAUUGAGCUGCUUGACCCGGACGGCAAUGAAGUCUGGAUGAGCCCCCAAUCUGAUGCGCCAGGACAGAAUCUCACUUUGCAUAUGACGGUAAAUGAUCUUGCUGCGAGCACGCGUUUUUACGGUGAAGUACUGGGUUUGAGCACUGAUGGCGCCAACACUUUUCAGGUGGGCGCGUCCCGCAUCAAGCUCCAGGAAGGUGUAAUCAAACCUUUUGAGCGCGUCGCUCUGGGUUAUCGCUAUAUGACCAUGCAGGUUUUUGAUGUUGUCGGCACCCAUGCUGAAAUACUUGCCAAAGGCGGUCGUGAAGGCUCAGCGCCGGUACGGCUCGGUGACGUUGCCUAUAUUUCGUUUGUCCAGGACCCUGAUGGCAACUGGAUCGAAAUCAGCCAGCGUAAGUCAAUCACAGGGUCACUGGCAUAA